GGGAUUUAAUCAUUUUGUAUUAUCUCUAAUGUUAACUAAAGCUGAAUAUUUCUAAAGAAAACUUCAGACCUUUACCAGAAGAGCUACACAGGAAUUCAUAAGAACUGGAAAGAGGAUUGGAGCAUUUCAGUCUUAUUGGAGCAUUAGGAAUACAGAGGGUCGUAGGAAGAUAAAUAAAAGAAUGGUCUGGAAUUUGUUGAUUUUGUUUAUAUUAAAGGUAGUCACAAGUGCUGAAGAUAAUAGAAGGCCCAUUUGGAAUAUUGCUCAUAUGGUAAAUACAUUGGGAGAAGUAGAUAGUUACUUAGACCAAGGAGCAAAUGGUUUGGAAUUCGACGUGUACUUUGAUGGGGAAAAUCCAGUUAUUACCUACCAUCCUGUUCCAUGCGAUUGCUUUAGAACUUGCAUGCUGCGGGAGAAGCUAGACACCUAUUUAGAAUACAUGCGGGAUAUUACAACGCCCGGUAGUCCAAAAUAUCGAAAGGAAUUGGUUUUCCUCUUUAUGGAUCUAAAAGUAAGUUCUAUAGGUGCAGGAAGUUUGAAGCAUGCUGGAGAAAAUAUUGCUAAAAAAUUGUUAGAUAUUUAUUGGCAAAAUGGAGAAGCAGGAGGGCAAGCAUUUAUUUUAGUGUCGUUGCCCUAUGUAAGUCACAUUGAGUUAUUUCAUGGUUUUCUCGGAACGCUGGAAGAAAGGAAUGCCACAUUUAGAAAAGAUAAAAUAGGUUUUGAAUUUUCUGGCAACGAAGAUUUAAAAACAAUCGAAUACGUCCUACAGACUAACAAUGUAAGUAGCAAUAACUUCUGGCAAGGAGACGGUAUUACCAAUUGCCUCCCACGUGGCACAUACAGACUCAUAGAUGCCAUCAACUCACGGGAUUACAAGGAAAAAAGUUACAUGUCAAAAGUAUACUGGUGGACAGUCGAUAAAAGUAGCACAAUGCAGAGAAUUUUAAGAUUAGGCGUGGAUGGUAUGAUUACAAACCAUCCUGACAGACUGGUAGAGGUGUUAAAAGAUAGUGAAUUUGCAAGCACCUUUCGGCUAGCAAGCAUAGAAGACAGCCCUUGGACAAAACAUCCAGCAGAAAAGACUUAUUAUCGGCAUAAUUGCACAUCCCUGCCUACCGAAGAGGAAGUUCUGUACAAUAUUUAAUGCUUUUAAGCGUAUAUUGAUGGCAAUGUAUAAAAUGCCGGUAUUUGUUACAAUUCUGGAACUGCUUUUGCAGUUUUGGGGACCAUAUAAUAAUUUAUCAUUUAAUUAUGGUAAAAAUGUUAUACGCAUUAAAUAAUUUAAUA